UAAGUAUUAAUUGUCGACUUCGAGAAGCAUGAUAUGACCUGAUUAAAGUUGCCCUGGCGUUCAUGUGUCCAAUCGAACUCUUUCCCCAGGACCACCAACGUCCCUAGUCAUUUCCUCCCCGUGAAUUGAGAACAGACUUGGACCCUUCAGAAAAAUAUCGAUCAUGUCAUACAAUCCAGACCUCGCAAAUUAUGACCCGCAAGCUUUUGCGCUUGCCGCUCACAAUGUGUGGGUUACUCGUGUCUGCCAACUGUGUCCUUGUAUCAUUUUCUGUUAUGAUUACUUGCUCACGCUCGAUCGAGAGGUUGAGUUUAUAUGGAGACGGCCGAUGAGAUUUUCCAACAUAUUAUAUAUCAUUGUGAGAUUUGGUGGCGGCGCACUCAUAUUUCUCUCUGCUUCAGCAUUUAUGAGCAAACACACUUCUAAAGAGGUAUGUUUCUGUUCAUUAUUCCUAAACAUUCAAGGGUGGCCCAGUUUCUGCAUUCUUUGGGCAGUUCAGCUCAUACUGCAGCUCCGAGUGUACGCUCUAUACCGUCGAUCUCUAGCGGUCCUGAUUGCGAUGGCGGUCGGAUUCACGAUGGAGGUUAUAGUCAUGUCUAUCUUUCUAGGAAUAGGCAUGGCAGAGAAUACCAAUACAAAUAAGCCGAUGCCAAAUAUUAGAAUCUGUGCCGUCACGCACGCGCCGCCUGUGCUUGCUUACGUGUGGUUGCCCGAUAUCGUUUUUGGAACAUUUCUAUUCGUGCUUGCAGGAAGGAUCGGGUUUAAACGCGGUAGAUUUGGCUUCAACAUCUUCCGCAUGGAGAGAAAAGACCUUGUCGAUGCUCUCGUGUAUGGCAACCUCCAUUACUUCUUCUGCAUACUCGUUGCGAACGUUGUAAAUACGGGAAUCUGGCAAGGAUUAGGGUUUAGCUGGUUCGAAGCUCCAGAGGGGUUCGCAGCUGUCAUUGAAAUCGUCCUUGGGUGUCGGAUGGUGCUGGACCUUAAUUCAGCGGUGUCUGAUUCUGACGGCUUGCGUCUAUUGGACUCGUUCCCACUCAGAGACUCUUUCGGUGUCAGAGAGGGUCCGUCAACACUUUAUUCUGCGGUUAGCACCUACGAUCUUGAGACUCCGCAAGGUCAGCAUCGGCAUACCCAAGAGAUUGAGUUAGCUUCUCCAACUAGUCCUGAGUCCGGGGAAAGCUCUCGCGUUCUCAUCGAGGGAGCAAACGAGUUGUGUAGCAGUCCGCUUCCUACCGUUGUCCAUUAGUGUACAAACCUAUUUUUACAGAAAUCUAUCACUCCACGAGUACAUAAACCAC